AUGGUUCAAAUGGACAUGUCUCUUAUGUUAUUUACACAUUACUUAUUUGGUUAUAUUGGUACAACUAUAUGUUCAAUAGGACUUGUUCUUGCUCUAUGUUCUGUAUAUAUAUUUACUCGUCGUCAAAUGCGUAGUGUUGUUUCGACUUAUCUUGCUGGAUUGAGUAUUAGCGAUAGCUGUCUAUUGUUAUUGGGUCUUGUUUUUGCUAUUAAUUAUUCUAUUCCUCCAAAUCGACAAAGUGAAUCAUUUUAUUCAUCAACACUUCAUAAAUAUCUUUUUCCAUAUGUCUAUGCUUGUAUUAUAUGGUUUCAAUUUACAAGUGUCUGGGUGAUAAUUGGUUUUGCUAUUGAUCGAUGGUUUGCUAUUAAAUGGCCAAUGCUUCAUUAUACACAUGGUUCAAAAAGAGCCUGUUAUAUUGUUGUGACAAUUUAUUGUUUGGGUUUUAUUUAUUCAUUACCACGUUUUUUUGAAUAUAAAACUGAAGUACGACGUGAAGAAUUAUCUGUAUUUGAAAAUUAUACAGAAUAUAUUGAUCAUAUUGUGAUAAGCAAUAAAUUACAUAAUAGUAGUAUUUAUCAAUUUACCGUCCAUCUUAUUCUUUAUAGUCUUUUUCAAAGUAUUCUUCCACUUUUAAUGUUAUCAUACUUUAAUGUUGAACUUAUUCGAAGUAUUCAUGCUAGUUCAAAUUUUCUUCAACGUUGUACACCACUCUAUAGACAAAAUACACGAAUUACACGUGAAACAAAUACAAUACGUUUUAGAGAAGGUGUUGUAACACGUUCAGUUAUAUGUUUAAUUGGUUUAUUUACAAUAUGUCAAGUACCAGCAUCAAUACUUCACUAUAUCUAUAUGUUUUAUCGAAAUCAUAGAUGGCUUUAUAUUUGUUAUGAUAUAUCAAAUUUUCUUAUUUUAUUCAAUAGUGCAGUUAAUUUUUUUAUUUUUGCAUGUUUUAAUCGAAAAUUUCGUCGUGAAUUAACACAAGUAUGUUGUCAUACAAAACAUCAAAGUCUAAGUUUACGUACAUCAAGUCAUCAAAUGUUAGCACGAACAAAUUCACCUAUGCGUACAUUACAACAGAUUCAAUUAAAUAUUGCUCAUCCAAAUUAUUGGGAAUAUCAAAAACGAAUAAAUAAUGGAAAUAUUUAUCCUAUACAAAAACAAUCUUUUAAAUCAACAUCUCAAUUUCGUUCAAUAUAUCGACGUACAAGUAAUUCAUUAUAUAAUAUUAAUUUAACAAAAUCUAAUCAAUUAAAUUAUGAUCGAUAUUCAAUAUGUGAAUGUAAUUAUAAAAAUUCAUCAUUAAAAAUAAAUAAUGAACAAAAAUUUAAAUAUAAAACAAAAGAUAAUUAUUAUCAUAAUUGUAAUAAUGAUGAAUAUUUAUUAAAUACAAAAAAACCCUAUUCAUCAUCACAUAAUAUAAUUAAUGGUUAUAUAUAUGAACAAAAAUUACAUUAUAUACCAUGUCGUUGUAAAAAUAAUCAACAAAAAAUUCUAAGAUCAUCAACAUCAUCUAAUUUACUUCAAUCAACAAGAAAUACAAAAUCAUAA